AUGGACACAGAGGCAAGCUACCAUACAUCCCUGUCAACACAUGUCCAAUUUCCGAUACGUCAGCCAAAAAACGCUCCUGAAGGAAAUACCGCCCAGACGAACGAAGGGUUUGCUCGAUUUUUAAAGGAGCAUGCUUCACCGAAGCAUCAUCGAGUUACUGCUGGUGGCCGUAUAGUCCCAAUGAGCAUACAAGCAAGCCCCACACCAGAGUUCAAACCACCGGUGAAGCGGUCAGAGCCCGCAAGCCAACAAAAUCCGAGCGUCUCAAAUCACCCUAAAAUCGUCAAGGAAGAAGGGUCGAAGGCUGACGGUGGAUCCCAAAGACGUCGGCGUACCCGUACGACAAUGGAUAAUAAUAACCGGCCAGAGGCCAGUAGACGGCGGGAUUCUGCCACCAGUCAAAUUAAUAAAGGGACCACUAUAGUGGGAAGUACUCGAUAUCAGACGCCCGCGGUAGCUUCAUCUGGUACUAUCAACUCCACGACACCAGGCCAGCUGGGGAGUCUGAACUUCAUUUCGAAUCUAGGGAACUUGGGGAUGGACGGGAUAUCAAUGUCACAAGGCCAGACGGAUCAGCCUGGCUUUCCGUUUCCUAACCUUCAACAGUAUUAUACCCAAGCAGGUAUUCCACAGCUUGCCUCUGACCAAGGUCAGGGGGCAUCCCAGACUCAGUACGUGGGCCCGGUUUGUAACAUUGGGCCAUAUCCCACAACCCCAGGGUUGGGAAUAAUAAACCCAGUCCAGAUGUACCAGGCCCCAGGUGCCUUCAACCCUUUUAUCGGUCCUACGACCCCAGGGGCAAACCUAGCACAGAGCAUGACUCCAGUUAUCGAUACUCGUGGCCUUAACAAUAUGUUUGAGAACGCCAUUCAAGAGUUCGAAACGACCUCCACACAGCUCUCGAACUUGGAUCGAUACAUGGCCGUACACACUUGGGAUAUUGACCCUGCCAGCAAGAAAAUUCUCGUUAUACAGCGAAUGGAGCUAGUUACAAAGCUCGACGCUGCUAGAGUACUUAAAGAGAACCUUGAGACAAUCUUGCGGACUGCCCCCAGCAGUGAGCCUGCAAUGACAACCAAAGCUCAAUCGAAGUUCCCAAAUGCAGGUGCCCAAGAUUAUAUCGCGGCUGCACCCUGUACUCCAAGCGUGAAUUUCCAGAGCGCCUACCAUAGGUCCGGGCCACCAGAUACGGGAGGGAGCUCGUUCAGUGUAAGCGAUGCGUAUGGCUUCAUGUCCCCUAUCCAAAUGAGCGAGUCACCGUAUCUAUCCCCGGAGCCUUACUGUGAUAAUGGAUAUCUGGCAGGCCUACCACAACUUGGAACUGCAAAUAACUUGACGACGCCAGGUUUUAAUCCGACAGGAGGAAUCUUUGACAAGAUUAACGAUGAUGAUGAUGAUGACGAUGACAUGAGAAUCAUAACUUCACCCACUGGCCAGACGGUGGCUGAGCCAAACAAUACCUGGGUGCCUCCUCCAGAGCUGAAUGCAAUUUAUCAGAAGAUCGAGGCGGCUGCUAAGCGUAACGAGCCCCUUGGAUUGCUCUUCCAGGAAUUGGCCAAAGUGACAGCGCAUAUGACCCGGCUAGGCACGCACAAGGGCCGCAAACUCGAUAAUUAUUCCCGGCGUUCCGACAAUGGCGGUAGCUCCCAGGGUACCUUUGAAUACAUGACCAGCUCUGGGAUUGAAGUGCCACGAGCAAGGGCAAGCGCUCGACUCGAAAUAGUAGACCCUAAGGGCCCCCGACAAGGCACCACCGCCACCAAAGCACCGACAACAUCCCGAAAUCCCGCUGCUGUCGGGUCCUCGAAGGAUCACACGUCGCCAAAGAAACUAAGCACCUUACAACAGAGCCCACUCUCUUUCACACCCUGCAGGCAGAACUGUAGAAAGCGAGACUCUAGAAAAGUGGAGACGCUUGCAAUUGAACAGAAGGUCAACGCUCACGGUUAUUUACCACCCUUUGAUGGGGGCGGGGAUGUGGAUGGGAGCCCUGGACGAGCCAGUCAGACGGAAUCCAACAACAAUAAGGACGAAAAGACGGAGACCGGAAAGUCAACAGCCAAUACCGAGUCCACAUGGAUGGACUUGCUUAGACGCCGACCAGAUCCCAAUCCGAUGGACGUGCGCCGGUUCUUUAAGCUUCUCCGCGACGAGGACUCGGUGGCGCUAGACAAAUAUCGCAAGGAGCGCGAGCGCCGAGCCUUUGGUUAA